UGUUACGUUGUUUACGCAGUUAUCUUCAUAAUGGCGACCGUGCUGGAGAAGCUCCUAUGCUUGUGAAAAUGAAGCGAAGAAGUUAUUUAUUAUAAUAAAACGCCGGGGUUCCCCAUAGGAGGACGUUGCGUCGAAGACAGCGGCUUCCCCAGUGUUUGAAUUACUGUUUUGGUCCAUUGGUAACCCGAAAUGAUGAAGCUCAAGUCAAACCAAACCCGGACAUACGAUGGGGAUGGCUACAAGAAGCGGGCCGCCUGUCUAUGCUUCAGGAGUGAAAGUGAAGAGGAGGUGCUGUUGGUGAGUAGUAGUCGGCAUCCAGACAAGUGGAUCGUCCCUGGUGGAGGGAUGGAGCCAGAAGAGGAGCCCAAUGUAGCAGCAGCACGAGAAGUCUGUGAAGAGGCAGGUGUGAAGGGGACUUUAGGUCGCCUAGUUGGAAUUUUUGAGAACCAAGAGAGGAAACACAGAACCUACGUCUACAUUCUUAUCGUAACUGAGGUCUUGCAAGAUUGGGAGGACUCGGUCAACAUUGGGAGAAAAAGGGAUUGGUUUAAAAUAGACGAUGCCAUACAAGUGUUGCAGUGUCACAAGCCUGUGCAGGCCACCUACUUCGAGGGUUGCCUGACCAGCAAUGGGACGCCCCUGGUGGCCACGAUAGGCGGAGAACUCUCCCCCACCUACAACAUCAACCAGAGCUCUGUGUCGGGUAUCAGAUAACUAAAACAACGCUGACACAACCCCAGGAGCUCUCGCCACCACUCUCGCUCUUACUUCUAUUCUUCUGUUUGUCUCAAAUACCAACAUGGUUUGCCUUGCCAACUCUUUUGUGCCAUAAUUGUGGCACAGACUUGACAAGUAUUGGGUGAAGAUUCUGAAACCCUUUGAAAAUGUAAUUUUUGAUUCUUUUUUGUUAUUUUCAUUGUGUUGAAAAUUGCAUGAAGCAUCCCACUCUCCCAUUCUACUACCUUAACGCACCCUUAGCGUGGUGUUUAUUGAAUGCAAGAACUACUUUUUACUGUUGUGAUGUAAAAGUGUAUACUUAGUGCUUAAGCUCAAGGCUUUCAAUUGUAUUUUAUGUCUUUUGGUUACUUUCUGUGAAUGAGUGUGGCCAAGAGCGUGUUUCCCUCUUAAGGAUAGGAAAUUCAAGCCCGACUGUUAUGUUUUUUUGGGUCCGAUUUAGAUUUUUUUUUGGGGGGGACAAAACGUACUGAUAUAUCUGCCGAAAUGUUUUACAGGGGGGAAAUGAAAGUGUCAUUUUCCCACUGACUUCUCAUAAAUUGCCAUCCAAAAGAGCAGUUGUCCAAUAACUAUGCUUCAAAUGUUGAUUUCAUACAUUGUGACAAUGACGCAUCAUGAGAAUGGCAGCAAGUGUUCAGAUAAGCGUGAGAUUCACUUUUUCCUCCAUCCUAUUUAUUGAAUAUCGGUUAUCGUGGAAUUAUCGUCCGAUAUUAGCGGUAAAAGGCCAAUAUCUGCCGACAAUAUCGGUGAACCCAUAUAUUGGUCGGGCUCUAUAGGAAAUGUUCUCUGUAUCUGAAUGGACAGAUUGUGGAAAGUGACUUGUUUUGCAUGAGCACUGGUAUGUUUUCUUACACAUUGGGGUGACCUGACACUGAUUCUGAUUGUGCAGCAGGUAGUCCUCUGUGGUAACUAAGGUCUUUGAAUUCUCUUCAUUUAGCUCUGCAUUGUGAUUAUUGGUGGUAAUAUCUCGCAGGUUUCAUCAGAAAGACAAGGCCCUUUUCCACAUGUAUUUAUGAUAAUAUUGUCAAGUAUACCUUUUCCCUCAGUCUGGAAGCUAGCUAGCCUCUUCAAUAUUAACUUUUGGGCAAAACAAAUACUAUAGAAAGAAUGUAGAAGGAGUCCCCUAUAAAUAACCUUUUUCUCUAGUGUCUUUACCUAUUUUAACGUUCCCCUAGUCUGUUGAUAGUGGUUCACUAGACACUGAAACAGUUGGCAGAUCCCCAAUUGACCAAAUGUAUGUUUGUUUAUAAUUUGGAAUUGCAUGGUGUGAACAACUGUACAGUCUUCCUCCAUUUAUUUUCCAGAGGGUGAAAGGACUACAGAUUGCAGUGCCAUCCAUGGACUGACAGUUGCCUUCACCCAACACAUAUCAUCUCUUAUUCACAUUUUCAAACCCCCGCCCCCCCCACACACACUUUAACCUCAGUUUCUAGCAGAUGUUUACAUUGUUCAUAGCAUUUAUUUCUCACUUAAACAAGCACUAGACAGGUAGAUGGGUAUUUUAGAUGACUUUUCACUAAGGUAUUAUAUACUUUUUUUUACCCUUCAGUAUUGAAUCUGCAUCCCCCAAACAAACUCAAAGUACCUACCUGCUUGACAUUGAAAGUCAUGGAAUCUAAAAUGCUGUCUUUGGCAAGAUGCAGAACAAACAAGCUUUGUACAGUUGGAGACUUCGCUUUUAACAUGUAAAAAUGCUUUUGGAUAGUUUUCUUUUGUCUUAAACGUCUGGCAAAAGUCUCUCUAGCCAACCUGCGAUACUUGCCUUGGAUGUGGCAUGGAGCAGCUGGCUCAAUACUGUGAAACUGGAGGCGCUGUAGAUAGCAUGCGAGACAUUUUAUUGUAAAUUGUUUAUUUCUGUAUAGAUCAAAGGGUGAAUGUACAAAUGACAAAAACAGUUUCUCUGAUGCAUUUGUGAGUGCCAUAUGUUGCUCAACCAUGGCUGUAGAGUUGACCCGAUCCCCAAACAAGCGGUGGCGUUGGCUUUGGCAGUUUUGUUGACGAGUUGCUUUGAUACACAGUGUGGGUGGGGUUGAAGAGAAGACUCCAUUGAUAUAAGAAGCUGAGAUGCCGCCUCAGUUGUUCUAUGAAGACCAUAUGCAACUCUGAGGCUGAGGUAAUAAAGUGAAGUUAAUCACA